UUUUGUCUUGUGGGUAACAGAGAGAAGACACGGAUAGUUCUUCCUUUUUACUUACACAUUCAUUCAUUCUUUCAUUCUUUAAUCUUUUUCUUGUUAAUUUCUGAUUAACAAGGCACAACUGUUCUUUUUCCUCUGUUGGAAUUAUGGGGAGAGUAUCGAUGUUACAUUUGAUAUUCUUUGUUUUGGCUUUCAUGAAUGUUUGUCUGGUGAAAGCAGAGAACUCUUAUUAUUAUCUCACUUGGACUGUCACUUAUGGGACUGCAUCUCCAUUGAAAACCCCUCAACAGGUCAUUCUUAUCAAUGGGCAAUUCCCUGGACCUAGAAUUGACACUGUUACCAAUGACAAUUUAAUCAUCAAUGUCAUUAACAAGCUAGAUCAACCUUUUCUCUUGACAUGGAAUGGAAUUAAGCAAAGGAAAAACUCAUGGCAAGAUGGGGUUUUGGGUACUAAUUGUCCUAUACCUCCAAAUUCAAAUUUCACCUACAAAUUUCAAACAAAGGAUCAGAUUGGAACCUACACGUAUUUUCCUUCAACCUUAAUGCACAAAGCGGCUGGAGGAUUCGGAGGACUUAAUGUAUAUGCGAGAUCUGUGAUCGUUGUACCAUAUGCUAGACCUGCAAAUGAUUUUACAUUACUCAUUGGUGAUUGGUACAAGGCCAGCCACAAGACUCUGCAAUAUAGAUUAGAUUCAGGAAGAUCACUUGGGUUUCCUGAUGGGCUCCUCAUAAAUGGGAGAACUCAUUCAACCUUCACUGGUGACCAAGGAAAGACCAUCAUGUUCAGAAUUUCAAAUGUGGGUUUAUCAGGCACAUUUAACUUCAGAAUUCAAGGCCAUGUCAUGAAGCUUGUUGAGGUUGAGGGCUCUCAUGUUCUUCAGAACACAUACAAUUCUCUCGAUGUUCAUGUAGGUCAAUCUGUUGCAGUUCUAGUCACUCUGGAUCAAGUCCCUAAAGAUUAUUACAUUGUUGCAUCUACUCGAUUCACAAGGAGAAUCCUCACAUCAAUUGCGGUUUUGCAUUACUCAAACUCCAAAACUCCUGUCUCGGGACCUCUUCCUCUCCCUCCCAGUUUCCAACUUCAUGGAUCUAUGCAGCAAGCAAGAACAUUCAGGUGGAAUUUGACCUCAAAUGCGGCCAGGCCUAAUCCUCAGGGUUCAUACCAUUAUGGAACCAUACCAAUUACAAGGACAUUAGUUUUGGCGAAUUCUCGACCUGUAAUCAAUGGUAAACGAAGAUAUGCUGUUAACAGAGUCUCUUUUGUACAUCCUGAUACUCCUCUUAAGCUUGCUGACCAUUUCAAUAUUUCCGGAGUCUUUAAUAUGGAUUCAAUCCAAAGUGUUCCAUCUGAAGGCCCUUCAUAUUUGGGAACUUCAGUUGUGAGCACAUCUCUCCAUAACUUUAUUGAAAUCGUGUUCCAGAACAAUGAAAAGCCAGUUCAAUCUUGGCAUUUGGACGGUUAUGAUUUCUGGGUUGUUGGUUAUGGUUCUGGACAGUGGACAGAAGCAAAAAGAAAAGGAUAUAAUCUUGUGGAUGCUACAACCAGGCACACUGUACAGGUAUUCCGGGACUCUUGGACGGCCAUAUUAGUAUCGAUGGACAACGAGGGAAUGUGGAAUUUGAGGUCUGCGAUAUGGGAAAGGCAGUAUUUGGGGCAACAGCUUUAUCUUCGGGUUUACAGCACUGAGCGUAGCCUUCACAAUGAAUACGACAUUCCUUCCAAUGUCUUGCUUUGUGGAAAAGCCAUAGGGCAUCAUCCUUGAAAACAAAAGUAGAACUGUGUUGAUUGGCAAUUCUUGGAAUUUUCUGUAAUUUGAUUUGGUUAUGAAAUAGCUGUAAGAACUAAGAAGGAAUAGAAAGAAAAAUAAAGGUUAUAAACUUUUAUAUAUAAACUAUUUCUUAAGCUAUGUAAUCAUCAAUUUGUAUAAUAGUAUGGUAUUCCAAAUAUGUACACCUCAAUGAAAUGAAGUUGUUCAUAUUGUUUUACUCAU